UGUCCAUUUGUUUGACAGUAAUACUUAUUUCUAUAUUUCACCGUACAGGUUUCCAUCUAUUGAAUAAAUAAAAAUCGGACUUCGUACUUUGUUUCAAUAAUAGUCAAACCUUUGUGUUGUUCUACCAAAACACGCCUAACUGCCUAAAAAAAUGAAUAUCAACAACUCGCAACAGAAAACAACAGUGGCGACUAAGAGACUUCGAAGACAACAGCGACGACGCCGCUCUGUCUCUCACAAAACAAAACACAAACGAAAAAGGACAUCAGUACAGACAACACACAGCGCGCACACACACACAACCACUUAUGCCUGUAAAUAAGAAGGGGUUGUAUGUGCGCCCAAAAGCGCGCUGCAGCAGCUGAUAUCGUUGAAUGGUUGUUUUUGCCGCUACAGUGGGUUGGCAGGGUGGCGCAGUGUUGAAAGGCAGCAAGCAAACAAGCAAUAACCGUUAGAUAUUAUAUACAUAGACGUGUGUGUGUGUGUACACAGAGCGCCGUGCCGGCAGAGUUGCGCUCAGCAGAAAUAGAAUGACAGCUGUGCCAAAGCUAAAACGGCGGCGAGAGUUGGCAUGUAAGCAGCGAGCGAAUAUCAACGAACGGCCAAGCCGAGCAUUGAACGGCAAAUAAAAGUCUCUGUAGCUGAAGGAAAAUUCAGUUAGAAAGUUACGUGAAAAGUCGCCACAUCGGCAAGCAUUAAGUUCGCGUUGCACGCAUUUACUGCAAAAAAUAUCCUGUGCGCUGUUGUAGCAAUAAAAAAAAUUAAAUUGCAGUGUGAAAAGCUAAAUUUUGCAAAACCUUAACACGCCGUGUGCAUAGUAAAACGGACGGAAAAUGAAAAGUUGAAAACAUAUAAAGGCGAAAGUCGAAAGAGUCUACCUUGAAAAUUCUAAAGCACAUCCUUAAGUGAGUGAUAAAAGUGUACGAGUAUGUAUGCAUGUACGACAAGAAAAUUACACGCAUACACCUAAACGUAUGUAUGUACAUGCACAUGCACGCAAACAACGCAACAACGAGCACGCACAUAUCGCUGUGUAUACUUUGAAAUAGCAAACAAAAAACUACUUAGAAAUGAAAAGCAUUCUGUAAAUGUCGUUGACGAGACGAGGCGGCGGUUGAGAAGUGCCUUCCAAAGCGGUUCGACAACGAGCUAAAGAACCACACGCUCAGCGGAUAACAGACAAAAAAUGCGUCGCCCGAAAUUUUCGUUAAAGAAAUAUUUUUAUUUCACACUCUUUUGUGCGCUACUGCUGAUAUUCGGAUUCAAUUUGCGUGAACAUGAAAUUUGGAAAUCGAAAAGCACAGCACCACAAGCACAAGCGCGUUCACCAGACGAACAAGCAGCGCAACCUUAUACGGACAGCUCCAUCACUGUUGCGUCGAACGAUGAGACAGCAGCGCUGAGGGCACACGUCGACGACUCGGGCGAAGCGCCUGCGCUUAGCACCAACAACGCGCCACCCAUAGACGCUGUAAAUAAUGAACUGAGCGAACAACAACAGCAACAACACUUGCAUCCAGGACAGGUGCCAUUGGAAAAUACCGCUGCACAUCCUUGGUUCUUCCGGCAAGGUGAGUACUAUCCGAAGCCAGCGCACGCUGCGCCUACACGUACAGGGCAGGGUAAACGUGGCAGUUAUGGCGGCGGUGGUGACGCAGGCGGUAGUUUGGUGCGUGGCAAGAAGCAUGAUCCACGCGGUGCUGGACUCUUCCCCUAUCAAAACCCGCACAGUGAUCGCAUAGUCAAUCAAUUGAUGUAUGUGCCGCCGAACUAUGAGAAGGUGCGCGCUAGUGGACGACUGAAAAUCAUACUGCUCUACAAUGGACUCGGUCCAUGGAAUGUAAAGCAAGGUCGUGAUGUCUUCCUACGCUCGAAGUGUCCGGUGGAUACCUGCGAACUGACAUCGAAUCGUGGUCUCGCCGACAAAGCCGAUAUGAUACUCUAUAAGGAUCAUUUCAUACCGACUGGCCUGGGGCGACCAGCGAAUCCACAGCAGGUUAGCAUGUUGUAUUAUUUGGAAUGUCCAUAUCAUACGCAAAAUGUGAAAGUACCAGACGCCAUUAAUUGGACGGCCACCUACAGGCGUGACAGCGACAUUGUGGCGCCUUAUGAGAAAUGGGUCUACUAUGACUCGAAAAUCAACCAAGUGGAGCAGGAUCACAAUUAUGCCAUGAAUAAAACGAAAAAAGUCGCUUGGUUCGUGUCAAAUUGUGGCGCACGCAAUGGACGCUUGCAAUUCGCGCAUGAAUUGCAGAAAUAUAUAGAUGUUGACAUCUACGGCGUUUGCGGCAAUUACAAAUGUUCGCGCAACACCGCCGACAAAUGUUUCGAGCUACUCGAUCACGAAUACAAAUUUUACCUCGCCUUCGAGAAUUCCAAUUGCAAAGACUACAUCACCGAAAAGUUCUUCGUCAACGCACUGCAACGCAAUAUUUUACCAAUUGUAAUGGGUGCACGUCCGGAGGAUUAUGAGGUGAGCUCACCACAUCGUUCCUACAUCCAUGUCGAUGAAUUCGCCUCGCCCAAAGAAUUAGCCGAAUACUUGCACAUACUCGACAAAGACGACGAACUCUACAAUUCGUAUUUCAAAUGGAAGGGCACCGGUGAGUUUAUCAACACGUACUAUUGGUGUCGCGUUUGUGCCGCACUGCAUGACGAGGAGUCAUUACGUAAGCCGCGCUGGUACACGGACGUAAACGAUUGGUGGCGCGGCGCCGGCGUCUGCACCAACGGUUCGUGGCGUAAUUUUAAGGCGCGCAAGGAUGUCAUACGCGACGAUUAGUGGCGACUGCCGUUGGGUUAUUGGCUGGCAAUUGCAGGCAUUGUUAUUGAAUAUGUUAAGUAAUAGUUUAAGCCAUCUUUAUAACAACACAAUACAAUACAAAAACAAACACAACAACACAAAAAAAAACAAAGUAAAUAAUAAUGAAUUGCUUAGUGGAUUGAAUGUGGAAAGCGGUUUGGAACAGUGUGAAUGGUUAUACACAUGCAUAUGUAUAUGCAUGCGUAUGUGUGUGUGCGUGAGAGAAUGAGUGUUUGUUAGUGUGACGCACAAUUCGAUGAGGUUAGACUCAGCAGCAGCGGCUAGUGGUUUCUGGCAAUAGUCAGCUGUUGACAGGAAGCUAACCGCUAAAACAAAAAACACAGCCACAUGAAAUACACGAACAUACAUAAAUAUACAUAAACAUACAAAAUUUAUAGAAACAAAGGUUAAAAUAGGAAAAAAGACAAGUUAGCUGCAUCCGCACCGAAGCUAUAAUACCCUUCACAGGUAUAUUUCGUAUAGCAUGAAGGGUAUAACACGAUCUCUAUAUUGAUUUUGAACGGUCAGUUUGUAUGGAAACACAGGGUUUGUCCGGAAAGUAAUAGGACUCUGCUGUCGAUUCAAAAGUAUUUAUUGAACCAAUAGUUACAAUUCUUUAAAAAUUUUCAAAAUAAGCUCCUUCUGCGUCGAUGCAGCUGCCAGUGCGUUGAAGCAUUGAAAGCAUUGAAAGCGUCACAGAAGGCAUUCUCUAGAGUAACCUUGAGAGCCGAGGAUGCUUGGAUCCCCUCUGUCGUCUCAAAAUGCUUGACUAUCAUCGGCCUUAUCAGGCCAGGAAAGUAAAAAGUCAGAGGGGACCACAUCCGGGCUGUAGGGCGGCAUCAGAAGCGGUGGUAUGCGGCCUUCGUUAGGUAGCUAUUCACAAAGAAAGGCGGUGUGAGGCGAGGCGUUAUCGUAGUGCUGCUUCCAAUCGGUUGCGAUGUCUUGUCAGACCCGAUUGACUCUUCGUUUAAGUCUCUUGAGGACUUCUAGGUAAAACUUGGUGUUGACGAUUUGUACAGGAGGAACAAAUUCAUGGUGGACGCUGCCUUUGAUGUCAAAGAAACAAUAUGCAUCAUUUUCACUUUUGAUUUGCUCAUUCUUCCGAUCUUCAUCAACGACCUCUUGCCAGCCCUCCAAAAAGGCCUGGUGCCACCGAAACACACCGCUUCUUGCUAAAACAACAACUGGUUAAGCCUGCUUGAUCAUAUCAAACGUCUCUGUCGCAGAUUUACCGAAAAUUGAAUCGCGUACUUCUGCUCUAACGCACGCUGCAUUGUCGGCUUGCACCAUCCACAGAAACACGUUGCGCGAAUAUGUUUGUCCUGACUCUCCAGGUGCUCGCAGAAAGCUGACCAGCCGAUCGUCCGUAAGCUAGGAAGGCCCUCUACCGAAUCCAGCCGGUGCGCGCACCCGUACGUUUCGAAGUACAGUCGCGGUGGAAGAAAAUCAGUCCUAUUACUUUCCGGACAAACCCUGUAUAUACAUAUACAGAAAGACAGGCGGAAUUGGUUAAAUCGACAUAGUUCAUCAUGUUGACUAUUUAUAGUAUAUCUAUGUAUUAUAUAUACUUUAUAGGGUGUCCUGCUGUGUGUUACAAACUUCAUGGCGUACUUAAUAUACCCUGUGCGGGGUAUAAAAACAACAACUUGCUUACUUGCAUUCGAUAAAGAGAGCAUGAAGAUUGUAUACAGUAGCUAUAGCGAUUAAAAUAAAAAUUUGUAGCAACAUUUUUGUAUAUAUACAUGUAUGUGUAUGUGUACUUAGUUAUGCGCUUAUGGGAAAAAUAACGGUAAACAUUAUUGAGUAGUAGCAAACGCGUAAUUUGCAAUUUUCGGUUAAUUAAUUUUAAUUUUUUUUAAGAGAAGAAAUUUCAUAAAUGAUUUACAUAACACAUUAAGCCAAAUUACAUGCAUAGAUGCAUUUGAUAGCACCCACACAUGCAUACGCAUAUAUGUAUGUACCUAUGUAUGCACACACGAAUGUCUGUUGGCGCUUUUUUUACCCAUAACAACAACAUUUGUGGCGAUUUUGCUGAAAUUCGAAAUUUUACUAAACGAAAUCGCGCACAAAACUAUACAUAUACACACAUACAUACAUACAUUAACACACAUAUACAUAUACAUAUAUAAGUUCGGUGUAUUUAGCUUGUAAGCAAAUUGUACGCUAAGUUAGGCAAUUUUUUUAUAGAUGUGCGUAAGUAAGGAAAACAAAUAUCUGAAUUACACAAUAGCAAUAUGUAUUUGUAAAAUAUAUAUAAAUAUACAUACAUACAUACAUUUAGGAUAAGUGUAAAUGCACAUACAUAACAUAUGUACAUAGCUAUGCACAUAUAGUAUAUUGCAACAAAUAUACAUACACAUUUGUGCAUAUGUUUUUGUGUUAGCGAGCAUUGCAAACGUAUCAUACGAAGGUCGUGAAAUUCAACAACAAAAAUAAAAACAAAAACAAAGCAAAGAAAAUCAGGAACAAAAAUUCAAAAUUUCUGAAAACUGCGUUAAUUUUUAAGUGAGCAUAAGAUAAUUUUUACAUUUAUACUUAAAAAUUACAAAUACCGCCACCAAAUUUUAACUUAAACACAUACAAAACACACACACACACACAUAUACAUUAAUAAGUUGUAUUAGUUUGUAGGCAAGGUGUGAGUGCGGAAAAAGGUGUGUGAAUGUUAUUUUGCGUGCGAAGUAGUUUGCGCUUGCGUGAAUAUGUAUGUGUGCAUAUGAAUCUUCCAACGAGAAAUAAUACCCAGUUCCAUGUACAACAAUUACAAAGCAGCAAUAACGGUAAUUGUCGCAUUUAUUUUUGUUUUUCAGUUUCAAUUAAAAAAUUAAUAGAAAAGUGAAUUCACUGAGUCUAAUUAUUUGAAAUCUUCAACCUUUUAAGUGCACUCAAAAACUGCUUUAUCAGGCAUUAUGGCCACA